AGACGGACGGACGGACGGAUGGACGGACGGACGGAGGGACAGAUGGAUGGAUGAACGGACAGACGGACGGACGGACGGACGGACGGAUGAAUGAAAAGGCCGGGAUGGCAGAUCCCCGUUUUACGCUCCUCCCGCCGCGCUCCGAACAUUAUCCAGACGCAUCCAGACUGGGACGGAGAGCUCAGCUACCCCUGCAGGAGGAUCGAGGAUGUUCUGGCGGGACCAAGGAUGGCUGCUUUGGGCCACUUUUCUGGGUUUGGUCGCCUCGGCGCACAGCAUCAGACGGGACGAGUUUUUCCCCUUCGGCGAGAGCGCAGGAGACCAAGUUCUGGAACCGGAGAACGACCGGACGCAGCGGCUGGAUCUCAGCGCGCCGCUGCUCUUCUAUGACCGCUCCUUUGACAGCAUAUUUAUCAACACCAAUGGUUUUGUUGCCACAGAAGAGCCGCCGAGCGAGUCGACAUAUCUGGGCAAAAUGCCGCCAUCCUUCGGGAUGAUUGCGGCCCUUCAUGGCGAUCUGGACACCAGUGCGGGCGUGGGGAAGGUUUUCUUCCGGCAAGACUCCAGAGCGGAUGUCCUGCGUCGAGCCGCCGAGCACAUCAACCGGGCCUUCCCGUACAACGAUGAGGUUGAUCCCACUCAUGCCGUAGUGGUCACCUGGGUUGACGUUGCGCCACACACACCUCAUACUAGAGGCGAUGGCCUUGAAAAAAAAAGAAACUCCUUCCAGCUGGUUCUUGCAUCUUUGCAAAAAGCCUCGUACGCCAUUCUGCUUUAUGCAAGAGAUGGUGUCCAGUUUUCCUCCACCCUGGUGCAAGGCAGUGAUGUGAUCGUGCACGCCGGCUUCAGUAAAGGUCAGGUACCAGGGUUCUGGUUUACCAGCCAGGGGCCAUACUACCGCACCACCAGCGACGAGGAGAUUUCCGUGAGGGAGCUCGCAGAGCAGACCAACUCUGGCCAGCGCGGCGUGUGGGUGUACGAGAUUGGAACCUCCCCCACUUUUUCAAACGUAGUUCCAGGAGAGGUCACUGACCUGCCGACCGAGCCCCCGCCACCCCUAGCACAGACCACCGAGCCAAGUUGGCCUUUGUACACAGAAUACGAUCCAGAACAGAUAGAGAUCCAUUCCAAUCAAUACCAGCCGCUUCAGCCGCACGACCCAGAAGUGGUGGUGUUGGAUGAAACUGACAUUAAUGUGGAUGUCUUUUCUUACAACUUUGGAACGUGUUCCAACAACCGGAACAAGUGUUCCCAGUUCGCCGACUGCCGGGAUUAUUCGAGCGGAUUCUGUUGCCACUGCAGACCUGGUUUCUACGGCAACGGGAUACAAUGUGUUGCAGAAGGAAAGCCGCAGAGGAUGAACGGAAAAAUCCACGGCCGAGUGUUUGUGGGCAGCUCCCCGUACCCGGUGGAGCUCGGCGGUGUUGAUCUCCACUCGUAUGUCGUGGUCAACGACGGCCGGUCGUACGUUGCCAUCAGCGACAUUCCAGAGACUCUCGGGCCGUCCCUCUUGCCUCUGUCGGUUCUUGGCGGCGUGAUUGGGUGGGCGUUUGCUCUGGAACAACCUGGCUACAGGAACGGCUUCAGUAUCAUUGGGGGGGAGUUCACACGGGAAGCUGAGGUGACCUUUAUGCCCUGGAAUGAGAAGCUGAUAAUCAGACAGGAGUUCAAAGGCACAGAUGAGCUGGAUCACCUCGUGGUGAAAACCACGCUGGAAGGCAAGGUUCCUGAAAUGCCUCUUGGCUCCACCGUGACGAUGGACCCGUACGCUGAGAUCUACCAGUACGGCAGCAACUUGAUCACCUCAUCCUCCACCCGGGAAUACAAGGUCACCAUGCCAGAUGGGUCCGCUGAGACCAGAACAUACCAGUGUCGUCAGACCAUCACCUUCCAGAGCUGCCAGCAUGGCGACUCAUUGAGGGAUGUAAAACCUUCCCAGAUGCUCAGUGUGGAUCAGGUCUUUGUCUUGUAUGAUGUAAACAAUAAAAUCCUGCGCUACGCCAUGAGCAACAAGGUUGGAGACGUCAACGGGGGGGAACCGCAACAAAAUCCAUGUUUCACUGGAAGACACGGCUGUGACAACAACGCUGUCUGCCGACCUGGUCAGGGAUCCCAGUUUACAUGCGAGUGUGCUGCUGGUUUUCUUGACAAUGGCCGUAAUUGCGAUGACAUCGAUGAGUGCAGAGAGAACCCUCAGAUCUGCGGAUAUAACGCCGUCUGCAACAACCAGCCCGGGACUUACCGCUGCGAAUGCGAAGACGGCUUUCAGUUCGGCAGUGACGGUCGCACCUGCGUUGAGGUUGAUCGACCUGUGAACCAUUGUGAGGAAGGCACUCAUGACUGCGACGCUCCUGAGCGUGCUCAGUGCAGCUACACAGGCAGUUCCUCCUUUAUCUGCUCCUGUCUGCCUGGUUUUGUAGGAGACGGCAGAAACUGCCAAGACAUUGACGAGUGUCAGUCGAGAAGGUGUCACCAAGACGCAGACUGCUUUAACACCCCGGGAUCGUUCGUUUGCCGCUGCAGGCAGGGCUACAGAGGCGACGGCUCCUACUGCUACUCGGACAGGAGAAGAACACGCUGUGAGGAGGAGCGGGACAGUCUUCUGGGUGGGACCGUGUUCGGUCCGCGGGGCCCCCGUCCUUCUGAAAGCCACAUCCCCGCAUGUGACGGCAAUGGCGAAUACGAGCCCCUGCAGUGCGACAGACGGACAGGAUCCUGCUGGUGUGUGGACCGGAAUGGGGUGGAGGUCCGGGGGACUCGUUCAGCUCCCGGCAGCACCCCCAUGUGUAUCCACGAUGAUGGGGGGCCUCCAGAUGUUCGACCCACCCCACGGCCCGAUGUUGACCCUCUGCCUCCGGGGACGCACCUGCUCUUCGCCCAGAGCGGCAGGAUCGAACACGUUCCUCUGGAAAGCUACGAGAUGAGAAAAGAAGGCGCCAAGGCCGUCCUCCAUCUCCCGGAGAGGGUCAUCAUCGGCGUGGCUUAUGACUGCGUGGAGAAAGUGGUCUAUUGGACGGACAUCACCUCCCCUGCCAUCAGCAAAGCCAGUAUCCAAGGCGGGGAGCCCACCACAGUCAUAAGAACAGAUUUGGGAAGUCCAGAAGGAAUUACCGUCGACCACAUUGGGCGAACUAUAUUCUGGACGGAUUCUAUGAAAGAUCGCAUCGAGGUGGCGAGUCUGGACGGGUCUCGGCGCCGUGUCAUCGUCGACUCGGAUCUCAUAAACCCUCGUGCGAUCGUCGCUGACCCCGUUCACGGGCAUCUUUAUUGGACCGACUGGAACCGCGAAGCGCCCAAAAUCGAAACUUCCUACAUGGAUGGGUCCAACAGACGGGUUCUGGUCCAGAACGAUCUGGGCCUUCCAAAUGGACUGACUUACGACUUCCAGAGUUCCCUUCUGUGCUGGGCGGACGCAGGAACCCACAAAAUGGAGUGCAUGCAUCCCGAUCGAGGUGAUCGCCAAUCAGUCAUGGAGGGGAUCCAGUAUCCGUUCGGAAUCACGUCUUACGGGAGGAAAAUCUUCUACACUGACUGGAAAAGAAAUGCUGUGGUUGCCAUGGACCGCCAUAGUGGCAGAGAGUCUGAUGAGUUCCAGCCUUCGAAACAAACCAAGCUGUAUGGAAUCACCAGCGCUUACUCCCAGUGUCCUCCAGGACGAAACUAUUGUUCUGUGAACAACGGAGGCUGCACUCAUCUCUGUUUAGCAACACCGAACGGUCGCUCCUGCAAAUGUCCGAACAACCCGGCGACUGCUGCCUGUGUGGAGAGACCCGCCGAGUACUGAAAGGAACCGGACGAGCCCCAAGUGUCGUCUGCUCAGAUGUCCACAAGAAGAAGCCAAUCACUAUUACUAGAUUUAAACUGGCCAAAAAAAGAAACGACAUGCAGCUGAAAACUAUCGUGCCUUUUAUCACUCAGUGUUAUCUCUUUACACUUGUUUAAUAUUUCCCACUUAUAGAAUUACAACAGAGUUUUGUAGAUAUAAAACUUUAUCAUGUUCUUCUCAGUAGGAAUGAACUGAGAAUAAGGUUCCAGGGACACAUAAUUUAAUGUGAAUUUAAAGUCACUGCAUGGCAGUCGUGUUUGACUAAAGCAUGAAAAGCUAAAAAAGCAAUAGAGGAAAAGUUACAGCCUGGAUAGCUUCACUGUGUAUGGUUGGCAGAAAAGAAAUAAACUCGUUUUUUUGUUGGUUUUUUAACAGA